GUAGAUUAACCAAACAAAGAGUGUUCAUACUUUUUAAUGUCGGGUCGAAAAUCUAGUUUUUAUAGAACGAUUUAUAUAUAAUGGAUGCAUAUUAUGAGUAAUUCAUAUAGAUUCAGCAAUAUUUUGGAAACAGUAUUUUGUUUCCUUUUGUUAUUUGCAGGCUUUUGUUUGAGUAAAGAAUGUAGUGGUGCAUUAAAUGGAAAUUAUGAUACAGAAUCGUGUGCUGUCGGAGGCUGCUGCAUACCAAGUGACGGUACAGGUGACACACGGUGUUGUAUACCAACAUUGACACUUAUCUUGGUGUCAGUCUUUAUUGGAGGUACAAUCGUUACUAUCAUUGUAGUAAUUUUAUGUUGUGUAAUAUGUCGAUACCGGAAGAAAAAGAAACUUCGUCAGAGACUAGAGGAAAGGCGUCGGCGUCAGCGGGAGAGAGACCAAGAAAGACAGAGGAGACUUAUGAUGGACCCUUUUGUGAAUGGGGAUCCCUUUCAAGUUACAGGACAAGAGGUUGAAGGUACAUCACAGCCUCCACAUUACCAUGGCCAAGAAACAGAUACGAAUACAUCACAGCAGCCACCGGCACCGACACAACAAAACAGACAUGUUCCACCCCCAUAUCCAAAUACUCCACCACCAGCAUAUUAUUCAAGAAUAGGUACACGUCAUGAGGACAGACAGAGGAGUAGGACAAGAAAUUCUAUAAUAGAAAGUCGCGGUUCAUUUCAUACAGACGACAUACAACCAGAAGUGACAAUUAUUGAUAGUCCUUCGCCUUCCAUUUCACCUCCUGUACCUGCGCCAAUUAUAGAGCCAUCUUAUUCCAGAAAUAGUAAUACUGUUUCAGGAAUGAAUACAAAUAUUCCAUUAGGAUUAGUUGCAAUUAACAAUGCAAAUAAUAGAAAUAAUAGUCGUAUUCACAAUGAACAACGUGUUCUUACAAUUCAGGACCUUGAAUCAGAUGAAAAAGAAGAUACAAUUGGUGAAAUUGCAAAACCGGAAUCUAGAAUGUCAACAAAGUUUUCAUUUUAUCCAAAUAAUUCAAGUAGACUUUCAGUGCAUCCUGAAGAGAAAAGCCCUUCGAUACAAAACUCUAGAACGAACACUAAAAUGGACAAGGAAAGUCCAACAAAAGACGAAUCCAGGUUAUCCACAAGAUGUGAUACAAAACAUGUGAGAAAUGAUGAUUCAAGAAAUUCAAUUAAAUCCGAAAGGAAUUCUGUAAACAAUAAUUCACGAAUGUCGUCAAAAAUAAUGCAUCCAGUAUUGAAAAAUGACCAAUCAAAGACACCCAAUGAUAAUAGAGGCCUGUUUAUCAAGAGUAGGAUAUCAAUUGUGCCUGAGGAUAUAGGGCGAGAUGAUAUCAAUACUCGUAACAGUUCACAUGGUCGUAGUUAUGUACGAUCGGUUGAUCCCGAUGAACGUGUAGUCAGUAACUUAGAUUAUGUAUAGAGCUUUGAUCGAUGCAAUCACAACUAUUCUCGCUUCAAUAACGCAUAAUAAUUUCAUUUCAACGAAGAUAAAAAAAAAAACAUAAUUUGGCCCCUAAAAUUACAAAAGUAGCAAAUUCUCUAGCCAUUUCAAAAUUAGGUAAAUUGAUUUCAUAAUUGAAUAAAAGGAUUUAAUCUGGACACUUCAAGGCAGAAAUGUGAGUUGUGAAUGCUUAUUACGUCAACAACAUCUCAAAACUGACUUCGAUAAUUUACACAUAGGUUUUUUUUUAUAUUUACAGUAUCAUUUAGGAUUUGUUACUGAUUCACAAGGCAUGGAUGUAAACAUUUGCGAUUCGUGCAGACGAGUCAAAGCCUUUCCUAAAUUUAUUUUUGGUAAAGCAUUUACACAUACCGAAAUAUUAAUGACAGGAUCUGAAAAUGAGGCUGUUUUUACACUUUUGCAGUUUUCAUCAAAAUGUUGCAAAACUACGUUCCCCCACCAAAAUGAAGGGAAAAAACCAACUAAACAAAACAACAUAAAAAAAAAGAACAGCUCACAUUCGUUUGAUAACACCUGGCAUCAAUUCUAUCAAUGAAACAAUAUCUAGUGCAAAGAUUUGGAGGUGGUUAUUGACAAAUUUUUUCACCACUGCACUAAUUCUUUACUGUUGGGAUUUUCCCCUAAGGACGUUGAGGACAUUUAGCAUGAUCUCAAAUUAAGCAAGCCUUUGGUUUUUUUUACGACAAAACAAGGCGGGAAAAGUAUUCAAAAUAGUUAAAUCAAACUUUAAUUUUCACACAACGAUAGAGCUUACAAUAUAGACACAACUGAAAUAAAUUGAAACUGAAAGAAGAGGUUUUAAUCUAUGAAACAUUUUAUUUGUUAUUUCGUGUUUUACGUUUAGAAUUGUAAAAUAAAGUAUUAAACUUGA